AUGAAGCAGCUGAUCCUUGUCAUGUCUUGCGUUUGGUUGGCCAGCGGAUUGCACAGCGUUACUUACACCGUUCCUCCUCCACCCCCUAGAAUUGCCUUGAAAAGGCACAAAUCUUUGCGGAAAACGUUGAGGGAACGUGGGCAGCUAUCUCAGUUCUGGAAGACCCACAAGGUGGAUAUGAUCCAGUACACCCAGGACUGCUCAGCUCUCCAGGAAACCGAUGAGCCACUUCUCACCUAUUUUGAUGUAGAAUAUUUCGGACGGAUCUCCAUUGGGAAUCCUCCUCAGAAUUUCUCCGUGGUCUUUGACACUGGUUCCUCCAAUCUCUGGGUAUCAUCUGUUUACUGUGUCAGCAAAGCUUGUGUUGAACAUUCCAGAUUUCACCCAUCACUCUCCAGCACCUACAGCAACAUUGGGACCGCUUUUUCCAUUCAAUAUGGCACAGGCAGCUUGACGGGAAUAAUUGGAAUGGAUCAAGUGACUGUUGAAGGAAUCACUGUAGCCAAUCAGCAGUUUGCAGAGAGUGUCAGUGAGCCUGGCAACACCUUUCUGGAUGCUGAAUUCGAUGGGAUACUUGGUCUGGCUUACCCAUCCUUGGCAGUGGAUGGAGUCACCCCAGUCUUUGAUAAUAUGAUGGCCCAAAAUUUGGUGGAUUUGCCAAUAUUCUCUGUUUACAUGAGCAGGAACCCAGACUCCUCUGUAGGAGGGGAACUGAUUUUUGGUGGCUAUGAUCAUUCCCAUUUUAGUGGAAACCUCAACUGGAUUCCAGUCACUAAACAGGGAUACUGGCAGAUCCAACUAGAUAAUAUCCAGGUGGAUGGAACAAUUGAAUUUUGUGCUGAAGGAUGCCAAGCUAUAGUGGACACAGGGACUUCUCUCAUCACAGGUCCUUCCGAGGACAUAAUUCAAAUGCAGAAAUUAAUUGGCGCAGUACCUAUGGAUGGAGAGUAUGCCAUGGAAUGCAACAACCUGAAUGUGAUGCCUACUGUUACUUUCACAAUCAAUGGGAUCCCUUAUGCUCUUGCCCCAGAGGCCUACACCCUUAUGGAAAAUAGUGAUGGGAUGACACUGUGCACCAGCGGAUUCCAGGGCUUAGACAUGCAACCCCCAGCUGGGCCACUCUGGAUUUUGGGGGAUGUUUUUAUUGGCCAGUACUACUCUGUCUUUGACCGUGGAAAUAACAGAGUGGGUUUGGCUCCUGUUGUUCCUUAA